CAUGUAAGUCCCGAUCAGCUGAUCCGGCUUGUCAACAAACAGCAAAUAGUGCGCAUAUUAAAAAUGUUCUAUCAUUAUUUCCACCGUUAAUGUCACGAAUUUUCCGGCGACUAUUCUCAAAACACGAUUCAAGCGACUUAUUGAAACGAAAAAUGGCCCCUCCACGGUACUUCCCCAAUACGAUGCCCGACUACGAGGGCCAAGAGAUUGACACUCAGUUGUCGCAAGGUUUCUUGCUAAAAUUCAUGGAAAAAAUAAUAAUCGACAUCGAAAAAGCAAUUAAACCCAUCGACCGCAACGGCCGCGACGGCUUGUACUUGGGUACAGCGGGGAUUUCAUACAUGUACUACCAUUUGAGCAAAAUCCCAAAUCUGAGCGAACACAGGAAUCGUUUUCUGACAAAAGCGGUUGAAUAUCUGACUCCUGCGUUCAAUUCAAUGAGAAAUAGUUCUCACAGAGACAUUCCCUCGUUCAUUUUGGGAAAUUCAGGAGUUUACGCGGUUGCCUCAGCCAUUUACAGGGCAAUGGGAGACACCAAUCAAAGUGAGAACUUGAGAAAAAUGUACUACGAUGCUGGAAACAUUUGCAAAGAUAUCCAGUUUUUAAAUUGCGGCUCUGAUGAAUUGUUUGUUGGACGAGCUGGCUAUGUCUUGGGUGCUUUAUGGUUAGCCAAAGAAACAAACACAGAAUUGCCAAAAAACGAUAUUUUUAUUUUAUGCAAUAUUAUGGUUGAAUCUGGUCGCAGAUACGCCCAAAGACGUACGUGUCCCUGCCCCCUUAUGUAUUCAUACUACCAAGUUGAGUACUUUGGGGCUGCACACGGCCUUUGCACUAUAUUACAAGCUAUACUCAGCGUUCCUGGCUACCUAGAUUCAAACCCUGAACAUGCAAAAGAAGUGAAAGCCUCCGUUGAUUAUCUAUUAUCGCUCCAAGACCGCGACGGGAACUUCCCAUGUGCUAGCGAUGAAAUUGGCAGCCACAGUGAGUUAGUCCACUGGUGUCAUGGUGCCGCUGGGAUCAUUUAUCUGAUGGCUAAAGCGUAUUUAGUUUGGCAUGAAGAGAAAUAUUUAAGGUCGUGUGAGAAGAUGGGAGAUUUGAUUUGGGCCAAAGGCCUGUUGAAGAAAGGACCAGGGAUUUGUCAUGGAGUGGCCGGGAAUGGCUAUGCAUUCUUAUUAUUGUACAGACUGACGGAGCAGCCGAAACAUUUAUACAGAGCGGUUAGUUUUGCAAAGUUCAUGCAGACAGAGCAAUUUGUAAAUCAAGCGAGGACUCCUGACAACCCCUUUAGCUUGUAUGAGGGGAUAGCAGGAACGGCUUGCUUCCUAGGAGAUCUGAUGUGCCCACAACAAGCAGUGUUUCCUUUUUCGGACGUAUUUUAAGUCGUAUUAUAGCUAAAUUAUUAAAUCUCUUAACCCAAACAGUCUAUGCACCCUACAUUCCUAACAACGACAAUAAUAAUAAUUGAAAAAUAUACCUUGUGGUCCCCGUAUCUAAUAUUUUUUCAGUCAAACUUAUAAAAUACUUCAACGACUGUGAUAAAAUCAACACAAAGCCAACCUGGAGUUGAAUAAAAGAAUGUUUGUGGUGAAGGUGCUUGCAGUAUCUCGUCAUAACGAACUUGUAGAGGAAAUUUUGGAAGCAUAUAUUUUUCCUUUUCGCUGUCUUAAAAUGAGUUUAUUAAUUUGCAUAAAUUUAGAAGUUAUUUUAUUCACAAUACCUAUGCAACACUUUACAACCCACAUUAAAAUAACUAUUAGAACUAUAAUGGCAACGACUGCGGCUGUCAUCUUUUUGCAACUAGCUCAAUUAAUUAAUGGAUGUUUUCACUUCAAAACUGAAAAAUGGCACUUCAGGUUAGCAAUGAAACCACAUUAAUUGUGAUUAUUAAUAGAAGCGAAGGAGUGUGUAAUGCGCAAUCAACAAAAAUAUCACGUGGCUCGGUUUGAGAAUAAGAUUAAUUAAUUUUAUCAAUUAAAAUAUUUUUUAUGGUAUUAAUAGCAAAGUCUAAAUGGAUCGAAUAACAAAUUUCGAAUAUAAAUAGGAUGUUCGGGAAAAGGGUUAAAAUAUUUUGGGGGUGAUUCCAUAGGCCAAUAAUAGAAAAAAAUUUGAAUCUAGAGCCAUAAACUCGACAACUGUGAUUCGACCUUAUACAUCGGUGUGCGGUUUUAAAAAAACCCGUUUUUCUCAAAAUCCGUUCGUCGUAUAAAAAUAUCACUAGAGGCAUUUUUUACAGAAAAUUAAUCUGAAUCUGUAGAAAAAAUUAAAUAAACGUUUUCCAAACACAAACUUAGUUUGUUAUCCCAAAUGGAAAUUUUUGGAAAUUUAGUUUAACCGGUUACUGAACUAAUUUAAAAAAAAAACCUUUUGCUAGGUGUUUUAAGAAGAUUCUAGCUCCCUUAAGGAGAAUUUUCGGACAUAAGUCCAUGGAGACUUUUUUCUUCCCCCCGAAAUCUUUUAACGCUGUAUAAGGAAAAGCAGGGAUUAGUCUAACUUUUAAUACCAGAAAAAACUUAAUCAAGACAAAACUGAUAAUAACAGACAAGGUAGUCCCGCCUCGUACUGUUCCAGUACUUAGUUCAGAGCUGGAGUGUGUCUUUUUUCAAUAAUCUGAUGGACACAAAAAACAAAAUUCACUAAUUCAGUUUUUAAAAUGCAAAAAUAAAACGAGUUUGUGUCUUGUAAUAAUAGAGCUAUUGUGACAUACACAUUUAUGUAGGUACAUCUUGUAUGUAGAAAACAAAAAAGUUUUUUAUUGUAAAAAAAAAAUAAAUCGAAUAA